UAUGGCUUCUGGAUCAUCCCUUUUUUUGCAACUUGAUCGACUUACAGCGUUUUCACGGCAUCAGCACAUUUCUCUCCCUGGGUGAUCCGGCAUUUUGAUUCUCGACCUGCGAUGUGACAUGUUGAAUCAUCUCCUUACGCUCCGCUUCGGAUAAUGCUUUCCACCAUGAUACACUGGUUAUGCGUUCGGCGUACGCUUUUCCGCUCUUCUUUUCUUCAGAAUCCUGGUAAAGAUGCUCCUGGCCAGGCGGCCUUGAUUUCAUCCUCCGCUUUUCUUUAUUCCCUUCGCCUUUCUUUUCAGUUCUUUACCUCUUCUCCCUUCCACUUUUGCUAUUUGCUUUGGCUACGAGUCUCUUAUGCACUUGCAGAGAGGGGCAGGCGCAGGUUGUACAAAGACUCUUUGCUGUUCAUAGGUUUUUCUUUCUUUGUUUCGGCAGGUCAGGUCAGGAGUAUAUGGAUGGACGGACAGGCUUGGUUGCUUUAUUAUGUUUGGUAUAUAUUGUUGAUGUCGAUGCUACUCUGGUUUGCUAAGUGAACUAUUGAAUUGAAUGUUUCAACUGGUAGGACA